UAAUCUAACUUCAUUCCUAGAAUAAUUAUGCAUGUGCAAAGAGAUGAUGUUUAUAUCACACUCUUCCGUUGUAAUAUACAUUGAUGUAGGAUGGAUGCACAGUCUCUGGUUCCUGCUUCUUUAUAAUACUUACGCCAAAAUAUAGGAGUUUCAAAGAACUUGAGAAUGAAAAAACUGCAUAAAUAUGUACAUAUAAGGGUGGGACAUUAUUAGUGGAAUCUUGCUAGUAUAUAUGUAUGCUUGUGGACAUCACCAUUUCAGUUACUUCUUAUCUAUGAGUCUCUUUGCUUGAUGACUUAGAUGUCUUGAAAAUCAAUUGUGGGAUUUCUCCAGGGUUAAAUAGAUAUUUAAUUUAUUGUCUAGUAUCCUUCUUCCUGUGGGAGGUAUUUUGCAUGUUCCUCCCCUGAAUUCCAACUCAGAAGUAAACAUUGAGUGAUAAUGUGGUGGCUAUCAAAAGAAUAAUGAGAAAAAAGAAAAGUGAGAAUUUGAUCAGUAUGGAUAGUGGUGCGAUAUUAUUCUCCACUAUGAGGAUACUUCUGUUAUGAGGAUACUUCAUUUUGACAUCAGUAUGAACUAGGACAGGGAAUGAUAAGUUGCCAAUCUAUUUGCAUAUGACAGAUGAAAUCCUGGAAAAUAGUGGACUGUAAUAUGCAUCUAUAAUGGGGAUAUAUUCCUUUUCCAUUAGCUAAUUCGAUGAAGUUCACUCAGUUUUGUUGACCCAAGAAAAGAAGAAUCUUUUGGGCUUAUGCCUCUGCUGGUUCCAAUCUCUCUGUCUCUCAUGCAUUUGCUAAUCCAGUUAUGGGCUGAAAAACUACUGAGAAUGUACCAAAAAUGGGCUGAGAAGCAAGGUUAUUGAGGGAGGAUUGUAGAGAAGCGUCGGGCAACAAAUGGUGGAAUCACUUCUGCAACGGUUGAAUUUGAAUUUGAUUAUGCAUAUGGUUUUCUUCAGGGGGAGAGGGGUGUUCAUCGAAUGAUAAGUGGUUCAGAAACUGGAUCAACAAUUGAUGAGGUUAGCCUAGCAGCUGUCGAUAUAAUUCCUCUGUUCCGUGGUUCAGCCCCUGACCUAAAAAUUAGUGAGGAGGAUUUGCUAAUCUUGUGCCUAUUGUCAUCGCCUGAAGUAAAAGUCAUUGAAGGCCGGUCUGGAGUUGUUAUUCAGCAUGUUCUUACUGGUUUUGUCGUCCAAUCUUCGGGUGAAAGGAGCAUUUUUGCAAAUAAGAUUAAGGCCCUCAACCCGUUGAAGGAUAAGCUUCUUGUCGCAGCCAGCGAUGUAGGAGUUCCAGGCAUAAAUGGCUUCAAGAAAGAAAAUGUGUUCGACAUAUGGCGAGACGAGGUCCGAAGAUACGUUCUUUACCCUCGCAAGCAUGUGAAAGAUGUAAGAAGUGGUGUUGAAAUGCCUGGCCAGUAUUCUGUUUUGGGCGGUAAUAUAGAACCUCUGAUUAGAGCCCAUAUCCAGACGAGACUCUCAAAUGAAAUGCCUCCAUAGUAAAGCAGUUUUUCCCAAUUUCGCUAUAUUAAUUUAUUUCUCUGCGUUGGUUCUUCA